AUGGCUACCAUUUUAGUGGGGAAAAAACCUAGCUGCAUUUGUGUACAUGGAGAGUGGAAGCCGGCACUGGACCUUGGCCAGACACGAGGCAUUAUGACACGAGUUUCUAGACCUCAGAGGUCUCCUGAAGACUUGAAGAUGCUAAUGGGAAGUGUGAAUCAGUUAAAUGAAAGUUUUCAGAAUCUUCAGUCGAAAACAGGGAAGCAGUUACCUUUCAAAGGAGACAUCCUGGACCAAAUCUGGAGCCUGCAAGACAUGCUUCAGAAUCAUUCUGACUCUCUGCUAAUGUUGAGCAGCUCACUUCAGAAGUUGGAAGGGGCACUCAGGAGCCUGCAGGCCCAGGCAUCUCAGGCAGAUCGAGUCCUUUCUGGCCUACGCGAUAGCCUGAGCCAGCAAAAUGACAUGGCACAAAUGGAAAUCUACAAGCUUGCUGUAGAGGGAAAUAGUAGCAGUUUGCUUUUGAGGCACCAUGAGAACUUACUCUCUAAGCUGGCGUCUCAAGUGGAGAGCUUGAAUGACCAACUGACAGAGGUAGGUGGGCAGGUGGGUAGCAUGAACCGGACUCUGUCUUAUGACGUGGGAAUCCACCAUACCCGUAUCCAGGACCUGCAAGUCCUCAUCAGCAAUGCCUCAGAAGAUGCUCGGCAGAUGCGCUUUGUCCACAUCGCCAUGGAA